GUCUUCUAUCGAUGAAAUCACUCUACAUUGAUAAUACGAUGUAUAUCCUUAGUUUGUCGAAAUCUUAGUGUGGAAUUUUUUAAAUCUUUCAUGGAAAAUACCCCUUUCAAAUAGAUAAAAUAAAAUCGGGGAACAUUAAACUAGAUAAAAAAAUUUUUAAAAGUUUUCCAAAUUAUGAAACGGAAAGGAGAAAGUGUGUAUCCCGCGGCACAAGAAAGACUAUAUUUACUUGUGUUAAAUAUUCUCCACUUUAAGUGUACUCAUUUGCAUAUUUUUACGUUGUUAUAGCGGCAUCUAUUUAUAUCUGCAUUAUACGAUCGCAACUACUUUAUUAUGCGGUGAAAUGCCCCGAGACCCGUUAACGUGCAUUUCAUUUAAGAAAGUGUGUCGUUAAGUACAUCGGUGCAGACUUUAACACUUUAACGAUUAAUAAAAAAAGCAUUCGCACCAGCUUCGUCCGCCAUAAGAUUCAAGAAUUGAUUCAUAAAUAAUAAAUUAAUAACAUGAGUCACUAGCCUUUGAUCAAUUUCAAUUAAGAACGGUGUCAAUCUAAUGUGAUCGACAUGUACGGGAUUACACGGAAAUUUCGUAACACAUCGCACUAUCGUCUCCAUCGUACUCGGUAUCUGUUAACCCCGGUACAUUGUUAGACAGUAGAAGAAAUUCCCGAGAUUUCAGCGAACAUGUGUGUGCAAACCGUUCUAUUAAUGUACCCAUCACAUCUUGCCUUCUCUUCCUAUACGCUCUUCCUUCGCUCCGUCUCUCUUUCUCUUUUUCUGCGCUUCUAGAUGCUCUUACUUUGUUCCCUUCCUUCCUUUUCCGAAGUGUAGCGCGACUUAUUCAAACACGCGCCCCCAAAGAGAAACAAGCGGCGAAUGCCGCAAAGUGUUGUAAAAAUCUUCGUUUUUCCUUUACUGUGCUGACAAGGAAACGAAACACCAGUGACAAAUGCUCAUAGUAUGACGUCAAAUGCAAUUAGAGGCAUCAGAAGGAAGAAGAGUUCGCUGUGCGAAGUCAAGGUGGCUGUGAUAGGCGCACCGGGAGUCGGCAAGAGCGCAUUGACAGUGAGAUUCCUGACGAGAAGAUACAUCGGAGAGUAUGAUCAUCAAUCAGAAACCAGAUACAAGCAUGAGGUAUUAGUUGACGGAGAACCGAUCCUUUUUGAGAUUUUAGACACUUGUCCAAAGAGUGAGGAUGAAUUGCCAUCAAUGGAAACUUUACAAUGGGCGGACGGCUUGCUACUAGUUUAUUCGAUAACAGAUAGAGGCUCUUUUAAUUUUGUGAGAAAAGCAAAAGAAGCCCUCGCAGUAGCCGAUCCCGAAGCAGCAAUGCCGCUCGCUCUUGUUGGAAAUAAGGCUGAUAUGGUUCAUUUACGACAAGUCAGUACCGAAGAAGGAGAAAUACUAGCGAAGGAUUUUGAAUGCUGGUUUAGUGAAAUAACUGCCGCUGAGCAGGUUGCUCAAGUUGCAGAAUCUUUCCACGAAUUAUGCAGAGAAGUUCUCGCAGCCAGAAGAAGAAACAAACAAUCCUUGCUGGAUAGAAUGCUUGGCAGUAAAGCGACGCGUGUUUAUUCACGUGGAAAAAGUGACUCUGCCUUGCCGAAAGAAUAACAUCAUUAUUUGAAAUGCAUAAUCGCAAUUGUGUAGCUAGGAUGUUACAGUUUGUUUCAUCCACUGCAAAUUCCACUUCAACUACUCCACAUCAACUCCAUUAAAAAACCGAUGAGUAUCGAAAAAGGUGUAUUUAAUUACACAUAUUACAGGACGAGAAAUUCUAUCGCAAAAAUGUUAUACUGUGAUACAAUUCAAAUACGAGAUAAAACACAUUUUGUGUAAAUUAUGAGUUAUAAAUUGAGCAUUAGCUCAGAAAAUUGCUGGUAUACUUUUUAUAAAUCUGUAUAAAAAAAAACUAUAAUAGAAUUACAAUAAAAAACAAUAUAAUAUAUCGAUAUUUUUUAGCCAUUUUGCAGAAGAGCUAUUUUCGCGAAAAGUAUCAUAUUCAAAAAAAAUUUCGAAUUUUGCGACGUCCGGUGAAAAAAGAGAACCGUUUGGUGAAAUGCACAGCGUAAAAGUGAGUCAAUUAUGUCAACUGCUAUGUAAGCAAUUAUAAUAACUACAACUUUUUCAUUGCAUCAGCUAUGUAUUCAGAACUGCGUUUUGACAAUUUACUAUUUUGUAAAAAUAUUAAGCGAUUAAAUGUGUAUGUAUGUAUAAUAAG